GUCUUAUACAUAACUGAGGUUUUAAACACCAUAUUAUUGUUGUUUAGUUGGUUCCUUAAGUAAACCUUCAUUUUGUUUGAUUGAUAAUUAACUAAUUAGCUACAUUUACAUUUAAGUUCAUUGACAUCAAUUUUCUAGUUUUAAUAAAAUGUUAAUAAGUUGAACAACGACUUUGAAUUGUUAUUAAAUCUCAACCUUAAAUCAUCUUCAUCAUAUUCACCCUCGCUAUUGCCAUCCCCACCAUUUUCAUCAUCAAUAACAUAUUCAAUGAGAUAAAAAACCUUACGAGGUUAGUAAUUUAUUUGUGUAUACCAAGCAGAAACACCUUUUGGAGUUAUGGGAGCCCGUCAGAGUAACCCUGGAGGAGGAGGAGGAGGUGCUGGUGGUGGUUGUAGUGCAACAGCAACAGCAUCCUCAUCUAGAGUUCAAAAUGAAUCAGGUCUAGGUGAUUCUGGACCUGGUAAUAAUGCCGGCUUUGCUGGCCUGUUGUCGAGUUCAUUAUGUCAAAAUGGUUCAAUGUCCAAUAGAUCAAGGCCAAUUGCUUCAAGUUCGGGUAAUACAAGUGGCAGUGGUGUCUCCGAUUGGAGGCAACGAGCACGAUCUUUGACCAAUGUAAUUAAUACCUCUUCCGCUCACCAUUCGCACAAUGCAAAUUCCAACUCAAAUGGUCAACCCUUUGUGACUGUAUCCCCUUUAGGACACUCAUCGUUUGGUUUAUCCGCAUCUCCUGAUAGUUUGACGUCAAUUGAUGAUCUAACCUUCGGUCGAGUCUUCUCUGCCCAUUCUUUGCCUGUACAACUCGUACCUUUUAAUGGAAUUAAGUGCCCUGUCUGUUCUAAGUCAGUAUUGCCUGAUGAUGUUGAAUGUCAUCUAGUAAUGUGUCUUACCAAACCCAGAAUAAGUUAUAAUGAGGAUAUACUUACAGAAGAUAAAGGAGAAUGUGUAAUUUGUUUGGAUGAUCUGAGUCAAGGAGAUACCAUAGCUAGACUUCCUUGUCUUUGUAUAUAUCAUAAAUGUUGUAUUGAUGCUUGGUUUGAAGUUAAUCGUUCUUGCCCUGAACAUCCAUCAGACUAAUUUUCAAACCAAAGGCCUAUCCAAAGUGAUGAAUGAUUAUUUCUUUGAUACACUACAGAUCAUCAUGUUUACAAUUUAUCACGCUCAGACUUGUAAAAUACAAGAUAUCAAGAUCCAAGGAAACACAAAGAAAAAAACAAGAAUGAAAACAACUUGUGAAUCCGAAUAUCAUGUGAAUACUAUAAAUCUAUCAUUCGGCAAGAUUGUUGUAACGAUGAUCCGUUAAUUGUUUGUAACAUUAUUUUUUUGCUUGUAAGCAAAAGAUUUUGCUUAACAGAUCAUCUAACUCUCUCCCUCUUAUCCACUCUUAUUUUUAACAUCAACCUUGUAACUAUCAAAAGACCUUUUUUGUUAAAAAUCACAAUCAAACACAUUGUUUUAAUAGUACAGAUAGAAAUACUUUAUCAACUCUGUAAAUCUUAGCUUUUCGCUCUUAUGCAUUAGAUUUUCGUUUUUCUUUAUUCGCUUUUACUUUCAAAUAUACUUUUCCUUGGCUAACCUUUUUGGUCAUUUAGAUUGCUAACUGUGAUAUAUAUGUCUUACAACUAAUUAACAAGCAAAAAUCAAUGGUCUUAGAUUUCACUGUUUGAGGUCAAACAAUUGAAAGUCAAAUUGUUUUCAUUCUCCUUUACACUUGAAAUUUUCCUUUCCAUGUGUCACACUUUUGAAUGAAAUUUAGGGCUUCUUGAUUUUUGUUUUUUGUCCUUUUCCUUUAUAUAUUUUUCACAUCAAUCACAUUAUAUCUACAUGAAUUGUCAACUAUUCAUUCAUCAAUUUCAUUUCUGGAGUAAUUUUCUACCUUCAAUUGUAUCAACUUAAAUCAUUUGAUUUAUAACCAUUCAAGUAUCUUUACCAUCGCCAUAAUUUUGAAAUCUUGAAGUGAAUGGUGAAUUUCAUUCCAUCCUGCAAACAAUAGUACCAUCAAACACCAUUAAACCAUCAAACUUAUAGUUUUGUUAAUUUCAUCGACUUUCCUCUUUCACCAACAUCGCUCAUUUCCUCGUUUUCAUCGUAGAUCAAACCCGCAAAGAUAUCAAAUUGAUGCAUUUGUUUGACUUUUCACUUUGUACAAUUAAACAAAAUACAUAAAAGAUUUUCAUUGUUCUACCGUAAAUGGCCAGGAUUAAUGUUCAUCCUUCAUCUUUAACCUGAUUAACACCAUCGUUAUAAACAAAACAGUGCCUUUUGAUUAAUGAUAUUGAUUAUGCUGAUGACUCAAAUCGAAAACUAAACUUGAAAAUGUUAAUUUUUAUCCUGAAAAUCAUGUAACUUUGUUUAGAUUAUACUCACUGCUGCAUUAAUGUCAUCACCAUAACUAUCAUCUUGAUUAUUAUUCUCAUUUAAUCUUCCUACCCUUUCUUUCCCCGAUGUUUUAUGCUUGUUAUCAAUGAUCAAAAAUAAAACUUCAUCCUUCAUUGUACUGUUAUUGUACUGAUAAUCUUGAAACGUAGUUUUACUUAAA